AUGAACAGCUUCAAUCUCUUGUCGCGACUCAACACUCCUCCGCCUUCACCACCGCGAUCCCGCACUGGUUCCUCGACCCAUAUUCCAGGCCUCCAAUCGUCGGACGUGGACAUUGGCUCGAUAUCUGAAAAGCUGGUCGGCGGGAAAGACGUGCAACAUGCUGCAGAGGAGGACGAGCGCAGUCAGCAGGAGUACAUCGACGAGAAGACACCGUUGCUCGAGAACGGCACCACGGUGACGGACGAAUCGGGAUUGUCGAGCAGAUACGCGUGGUAUUCGCCGAGGAGAAUAGCACACGCCGUGUUGUACGGUGUACAUCUGAUCGUUCACACUGUGACAGCGCCGGGAAGAUUUGUAGUGGCCUGCUUCUACGACGAACGCGGUCGCUUCUCUACCAUCAUGCCGCUGCGCAAGUUCGCCAGCCUGGUCUCGCGGCGCAAAAGGAAACGGCAGAUACAUACCGCGACGGGAGGAGACUCUUCGUCAGAUGAUAAGGAGCGAAUGACCAAGAAACAUCACACUCGGAGAUCACCCUCCGUGGACAGCAUAUCGUCGACAGGCUCCGAUCUCGAUGACAGUCCAGCCCGACAUACUCGAUCAAGAACUGCAUCACUUUCCCCCGGCCCACCCGGAGAAUCAGGCCGCCCACCCCGAAAGAGCAUAAGGAUCAAGGUCGCCAACGAUGAGGCUUUGCGAAUGCGAAAGGCGUCCAAAGCUGGCUCUACCAGCCUACCUGGCUCCGGCGACAACGACAUAGCUCUUGUCGCCUCCGCGCUGAAAUCGCCUUCAUCUGUGGGAGCUUCUGCCAAACUCACACGCUACCCACGAGCACCUGCAACUCCACGACCUCUAGUUCCCCGUCGGCAACCCUCAUACACCCUCUCGUACUCCUCCGACACGCCCAGAAAGACACUAAUCAUCGACCUCGACGAAACACUAAUCCACUCAAUGGCCAAGGGCGGCCGUAUGUCCACCGGUCACAUGGUCGAAGUGCGUCUCUCCUACCCGACCUCAACAUCGGCCAACUCUCCACCUCUCGCAUCCGGUGUACCGAUCCUCUACUAUGUCCACGAACGUCCCGCCUGCCACGAAUUCCUCCGCAAAGUCGCCAAAUGGUACAAUUUGAUUGUCUUCACGGCCAGCGUGCAAGAGUAUGCUGAUCCGGUUAUUGACUGGCUGGAGCGGGAGAGGAAGUAUUUCUCGGGAAGGUAUUAUCGACAGCACUGCACAUACCGUAAUGGAGCGUACAUUAAAGAUCUGGCCAUGGUGGAGCCGGAUUUGAGUCGGGUUGCGAUUUUGGAUAAUAGUCCGAUGAGUUAUAUCUUUCACGAGGACAACGCGAUCCCCAUCGAGGGCUGGAUCAGUGACCCGACGGAUAACGACCUUCUGCAUUUAAUACCGUUUCUGGAAGGACUGCAAUAUGUGACUGACGUGAGGGCAUUAUUGGCUUUGAGGAGAGGAGAAGCGCAACAAGCGUGA